AUGGCAGAAAAAGAGCAACAACACCCGCACCUUGAUCGGACUGCUCUAGUACUCUUUGGCACAGAAACAGGCACCGCCCAAGAUAUUGCAGAGGAGAUCAGUCGCAUCCUGCAGCGGCUGCACUUCUCUACAGAUAUCGUAGGUCUCGACCAUGUCAAAUAUGAGACUCUCAAGUCCUACAACCUUACUGUCUUCGCAGUCGCCACCACUGGUCAAGGAGAUUUUCCCGACAAUGCCCGAAAAUUCUGGACUAGCCUCCUGCGAAGGAAGCUGUCGUCCACCACCUUGUCUGGCAUCAAUUAUGCCUUGAUUGGGCUAUGUGAUAGCUCUUAUACCAAAUUCAAUUGGGCGGCACGAAAACUAGACAAGCGACUGCAACAAUUAGGUGCCAAUCCUCUUCUCGAGGCAUGCGAGGCCGAUGAGCAAGGCGAUGAAAGUACUGACGGCUCUUUCUUGGCCUGGUCACCUCUUUUGAGAGAUGCUGUGUUGUCACGGUUUCCACUUGCCCCUGGUUUACAGCCGAUCCCCAACGACGUUGUUCUCCCAAGCAAAUGGCGUUUGCAGCCGUUGGCUGUACAUGAGUCAAACAACGAGCCGAGCCGAGCCAAACCAGCAUCUCAUCCAGCUUUGGGUGGUCUUGAUGAUAACACAGUCACCGUUGAGCUAACACUCAACCAACGCGUCACCCCACCAAGCCACUGGCAGGACGUUCGGUUCAUGAGCCUCGAGCUUCCUGAGCAGAUGACUUAUAUGCCCGGUGACGCUCUAGCCAUUUCUCCCAAGAAUCUCUCCUCUGACGUUUCUACGCUACUUGACCUGCAGAGGUGGAAUGAGAUAGCUGAUGAUCCCAUCCAACUCACAGCAACAAACCCAAGGCAGAAUGGUCGAUCCUCCCUGUCAGACCACAACCCGAUCAAUGCACGAGAAGAUCUUACACUUCGAGUUCUCCUCUCAGAAUACCUCGACAUCAAUGCCAUCCCGCGACGUUCUUUCUUUGCCGCCAUCGCCAAUCACACCACAAACGAAAUGCAUAAAGAACGCCUUGUCGAGUUUACGGAUCCACAGUAUCUUGACGAAUAUUACGACUAUGCCACCAGGCCACGACGGAGCAUCAUCGAGAUUCUCCAAGAGUUCGACUCUGUUCAGCUUCCAUGGGAGGAAGUAAUCAACAUCAUACCGUCACUGCGGCCGCGCCAGUUCAGUAUAGCAAGUGGCGGAAGGCUAAAGCAGAGCGACCACGGCGGCACCAAGUUUGAAUUGCUAGUUGCCAUUGUCAAAUACCGUACUGUCAUCAAACGGAUUCGAGAAGGUGUCUGUACCAAAUAUUUGGCCCAAUUGCCGGUUGGUUCAAAGUUACAAGUCUCUCUGAAGACUGAAGGUCGGUUUUUGACGCCAAACGACUUAGCUACAAACUCCAAUCAUAUCUUGAUUGGCGCUGGCACAGGGAUCGCACCACUUCGAGCUUUGAUCCAUGAAAAGACGUGUGAAAGCGCGAUGUCUGGACUCAAUGUUCUGUUCUUUGGAUGCCGAAGUCAUGCAGCUGACUACUACUUCCACGAUGAAUGGAAGACGCUGGCAGAAGCAUCUUUGCAGGGAAAGUCGACUCCCCAUAUGGGAUCGACCUUUGAGGUGAUACCGGCCUUUUCACGUGACCAAUCAGCCAAAGUCUACGUGCAGAACCAGAUCCGUGCCAGAGCAGACUUAGUAUGGACGAUGCUGCGGGAGCAAGAGGCUACAAUCAUCCUGUGUGGCUCCUCUGGCCAGAUGCCCAAGGCAGUGCGCCAAGCUCUGGUCGAUGCACUGGUGGAACAGGCGAGCUUGAAGGUCGAUGUGGUGGAGGGGGUCAAAGGUCCCUCUGGAGAUGCAGAUGAACCAAUCUCCAGUCCAGAAGACGCCGAACGAUAUCUAACACGGCUGGAAAAACUGGGGAGGUUCAAGCAAGAGACGUGGUCAUGAUGACACGAAAUGGAGUUUAUUGUGUCGCAAUCACUCAGAUCUCUUCUCAUUUAUGCCUUGCCAGCAAGUCGUCUCACCCUUACGGGACAGAUCGGUCUGAAUGGGGAAAGGGGCUACGAUAGACCAUCGACGAUCGAAAUGAAAUGUGAUAUAUCAUUCAGCAAUAGUCAUAAGUAAUAGAAAAGUCG